UCCCGCUUCUACAUGGACGCUAUCGUUCGUCUCGUGGAUCCUGUCGUGACAAACGCAAUGUUUUACGAUGAAUUCUCCGCGACAUCGGCUGGUCCAAGUGUACCGAAAAGGCAGGACCGUAAAAUGAUCGUCGAUAUACGAAUGCGAAAACGAUAACCCACAAGCCCUCCGAAUAUCUAUAAGUUAUCACGACGAUAAGCUAAGGUUAUAUUUACGUCUGCGAGAGCCGCACGCGGGAGAAAAUGAUAACGAUUUGACAUUUUGAGCGCAAUUUAAAAUCACACAUUUCUCUCUCGCGAUGGAAUCGUUGCGCGUACUUCAUAAUUUCAGGCUCGACGACCUCGACGCGGACUGGAUCAGGUCAGUCUGGGAGGCGGAGUUCUUGACUUAUCAUGAACCACCCGAGGAGUAUCUCGAGCACCUGGAGAGCGGCGACGCGAAGCGAGCGUUGCACGAGAGUCGUCGUGCCCUGGAGGGCUGGAUCGUCGACAACGAACACGAGCGCGAAAGCUCCGAAUACUCCUGGCAAGCCCUGAUGAGCUUAAGUAUCAACGUACGCGGUCUGCUCGCCACGCUGGGUUACAUAAUGAAGACUGGUCAAUGUAAGACUGACAGAGAUUCCAGACAGGGUUGUCUGGAAGCCACAAGAUUGUAUAUUAUGCUUCUCACAGUACCUGGUAGCAAUGCAUUCGGAAUUUAUCACCCCAAUUUGUACCAGAGAGCGAUAAGAACCUUGAAGAUGUCGGAUGACUUGGUAUUCCCUUCUGUCAAAAAGGGCAGCAAGAACAAUGUGAUAAAUUCCAGUGUUGAGGAUAAAUCGACGAACUGUUAUGUUAUGUUGGACUCGGAGAAGCUGAAGCUCGUGAAAGAAUUAAAUAAGAUUGUUUGCGAUCUUGUUACAAUGUUAAAGUCAUUUCGGUUCAAGGAGCACGCAGAGUCCUUGGACGUUACCAUACACAUGCUGUUGGAUAUUACAAGACUGGAGAUGUAUAUUAAGUCUUGUAAUAAUUAUGGAUUGACAACUUUGUCCAAAAGUGCGUUUGUAGGCUUGCAAGAAUUAUGCAGUAACAAUCAUGGCACUGUCGCCAUAAUUAUAAUGUCAAUAGUGCAGUACAUGUUACCUGAUCUGUUAUUUCAUCACACAAAUGUGCAACCAAAAUGUAUUAUUAUCGUGCAUGAGGCAGUUAUGAACUUUUUAAAGAGUUUAUUGAAAAUACAUGAGACAGAAACAGUGCAGGCAGUUGUCACUUUAAUACAUCAGUUGAUGGUGAAAUGUCCAGAAAGAGCGGAGGGACGCCAAAAACAAGCAACUGUUGUAAUAAGACUGUUAAAUAUAUGUAACGAAGACCUUACUACAAGCGUUUUUAAAGAUAUAAUAUUAUUUUCACACAAUAAUAAAAUAUCUUAUAGAUUAUUUGCACAAGAAAUCAUAGGAAAACUCUUGACAGAAUCUUCUUUAUCCAACAAUAGUCUAAACAAAGACAUGACAAUGAAGAUGAGAAGAAUCCUAGUAGCUGUUGUGUCAUCCCGUUGUAUGGAUCAAUCAAUCUUGGUAAGAGGAAAAGCUCUGGCUACACUUGCUUCGUUUUCAGAUUGUAGCAGUGAUGCUGAUCAGACGAUUCUUGAAAGGAUAUUUAAGGACUCAGUCUCGGAUAAACCGUUUCCUACGCUUGAAGAGUUGGAGAGAGCGCUUUCCCAGGACACCGAUCCAUUACCAGGAUCACAUACUGUUGUUACGAUGCUAUUGGAAAGAGUUAGCGACGAGCGCGCGCUGGUUCAACGAAGCGCUCUGAAGAUUCUGAGGAAUUUGUCCAUUAUGUUCCCACCGCUUACAGACAGAAUGAUGCAUGUGAUAAGCGAUCGUUGCAAGGAUCCCACCUUGACUGUCCGUCAAUUCGCGGUACACGUUCUUUCAGAGCUUUUAGAACAAUUCCCUCACAAUUUGAGUCUCCUCGACAAAUGGACACAAGCUGUAGUGCCGCAGAUAUACGAUAUAGAAGCUAAGGUACAAGAAAAGGUGUUGGAAUGUUUGGGAAACGUGUUGCUGAACAGGAUAAAGAAAGCCUCUACGUAUACUCCAGAUGCUGCGAAUAAUCUGCCAUGGAGAGUGCUGGAGAAAUUGAGUAACUUGAGAAUGAGGAAGCACUUGUCGAAGGCUUGCGGCCUGUGGAUCAAAAACGGAGUUGUCAACAACUCUAUGAUAAUUAAAUUACAGUCGCAUAUCGAUACGGAUAAUAACAUAGGCGCGUGGAUCCUGUUAGCAGCUCUAGCUGAAAAUAUGACUAUUCCGACCAUAGAUAAAUAUAUCGCAGAUUAUAAGGAGAUUAUCCAGAAGAACGACUAUCAUGCCAGCUUGGUUUUGCACGUUUUGAGACACGCCUGGUCUGUUUUAGACCGCGAUUGCCUCGAAGAUCUCCAUCAGCAUCUCUACAAAUGUGUCAGCCGCUUCGAGAUCACGUUCAACUUGAUCAGCAUUUGCCUGGACAUCCUGAGCGCCGUACUACAAUAUUUGUAUGCCGAGAAGAGCAGCCAGUUGAUGGAAACGAAUAUGCUGGAAUUAAUGAAACUGUCAGAGAUGGAGAUUCAAGAUUCGAUGGAAGGAAGACUGGAUGGAAGUAAUAAUCUUACGCAAGAGACACUUCAAGUAAGGGCUAUAUGUACGUUGGGUCACGCGUCGCUUUUGUGCACCAACAGGAUUUCGUCGUCAACUCUACGAGCUCUGGAACGAUUGCUGCUACGAUGGGAAUCGUUACCGGAGGCUGCGAAAGAGACCAAGAAUCUGCAGGCAUCCGCGGUGGUCAUCCUUUGUCAGCAGGCGCUGAGAGAUCGCGAGAUCGCGAAGAAAAUUACACCGAUACUGGGCAAUUUGAUGCGUCAGGAAACAAAUUCGGAUUCACCAGUCAAGUUCGCGGUGAAGAUAAACGCCGCGAAAGCAUUAGCUGACAUUUGUGUGAGAUUCACCGAUCUGGUGGAGCCAUAUUUGCCUGACAUGUGCAUCAGCAUGAAGGAUUCGAAUUCCAAAGUGAGGGAAGCCAUAGUCGUGAUAUUCAUUCAACUGCUGCUGGAGGACUUCAUCAAGCUGAAGGGACCAUUUUUCUUUCAUAUAUUAACGAUGCUGUCUGAUACUGAUGACACGAUACGUGAGCUGACGAUCUUCCUGGUGGAAGAGAAACUCCUAGUGAAGAAUAAGACUUUAAUUUCCAAGCAGUUCCUCGAGAGUAUAUAUCAUUACAACCAUUAUCGGUCCCGUAAUGUGUUCUGCGGUCACAGAAUGAGCGAGCGAGAGAAGAAACUGUUGACUCUACCUGGAAGAGUGAAUCAAGAUAAGCGUAAUGCUAUUUAUGAAUUCAUGCUGGAACAUUUGGAUGCGUCAGCGAAACUUACAUUAAUUAAGAAGUUAACUAAAAAUAUACUUGGCGAAAUAUGUGAUCAUGAUACCAUCGACAUUAUGACGGAGGAGGGAGAGUGUGUCUUGAAGGAUACAGUGUUCAUAAUUGGUAAUAACCGUCUGCAACUAUCCCUCGGCGAGAAGCAAAAGGAUGAUGCGGCGGCGGAGCUCGAUGAAGCUUCUCCUAAUUCUUCUACGCCAAAUAAUAACGCGGCGAAUGCCAACGUGGUGGCGAUGAAGAAACACAAUUUAGACAAUUUAUUACCUAUGUUAAUUGUGCUGAAGAAGAAACUCACCGCAAUGAAGUCCCGCCUGGAAGAUGAUGUGGAGAGUCUGCUAUUCAGGAUCUACUCGGAAUACGACGAAGAGCAUUUGCUUGGGGUGUUAAAUGAGUAUCCUGAAUUGGAGAAAGAAAUGAAUCUUUAUCAACGGAAAUUGAGGGACAAAACCGUUUCAGAAAGCGAUAAUGAUAGGAACGCCAAUUCAUCAUUUAAUAUAAGUCACAGCGAUAAUUCGAAAUUAGUGGAUCUAUGCAAGCAAUCGACACCCAAAAUUAUACUUCACCGUCUUUCACCUUCAACGAUAAUGCAUUACAAGGACAGAGAUCGACAAGAAAGAAGAUCGGUCGAUUCUGACAUAAAUUCAAUGAUAUAUUUAGAUAGAUUGUCAAUACAAACGCCACCUCCAGAGCCGAAUCUUGUUUCCAGUACUCCUGUGUCGAUUAAAAAAUCGUAUUCUAGAGAUUCUUCCACGCCAAGAUUACAUAGAUCCUCGAACGAGCGAGAACUACCGGAAUUUAAACGGCGUAAGUAUUGUGAGAAAUAGAAUGAGUAAUUUCGUUGUUGAUACGAACGUCCAAAAUUGUCUAGGAAUUAUUUCACGUACAAAUCAACCUACCUCGUAAUUUUCGCUGUACGCGAAAAGCUGUCUGUGAAAUCGUACACGUUCGUGUUUCCAGUUCUUUUGUAUGUCUGCAAAUGUGUAUGCAUGUGUAUAUUGUGUACAUAAUUUAUAGAUUCAUACUAUUAUUUUUAGCCACUUACCUUUGUUCGUGUGCGACAGAAUAUUAUUGUGCAAAUUCUUUACGAUAGUAGUAUUUUCGUCUAAAAGAUGGAUCAGCGUACGUAUUUCCUCGGCCUGUGUCAAAAACGGUGCAUAUCUUUAUUUAAUAAGCAUGCGAUCUCGAUAGUAUUUAUACGUACUUCAUCGAGCAAUUCUUUCAGCUUUUUAUUUUGGGCUAUUUGAAGAUGUACUUCCUGUAAGAACCCUCUGGCAAAGGUGCUACUGUUACUUCGGCUCUGGAGAAAUUAGUAUAUUAUUUUUUUAAUAAUUUCGUAAACUGCCCAUUUAAGGGCUACUUUUAACAAACUUCAAUUAAUUUAAUCUAUAAAUUCAGACUGGCAGAAUUGCUUAAAAAUCUAGCUAUGAAAUUCGUGGUUCCAAAUCUGUUUUCUUGUUGCAAGCAAUAGAAAAUUAAUAAUAAUUUUAUAUAUUAACAAAAUACUAUAAAUAUUGUUUCAUAAAUUAAUCGCCGAUUGCAUGUUAAUCAGAGUUUAUAUAGAAAUGUUAUGUAAAUAACAUGAGAAAGAAUCGUAAUGGAUUCUGAUUUUAAAGCGAAACUUUCUUAGUCAUGAUUUUAUUUGUACACAUAAUUAUUUAUGCAUGACCGCAUUGUUUGAAACAAUGUACACACUUGAUCAGCUCAAAUUCUUCUUUUCUAGAAUAGUUUCUAAUAGUUUAUAGAAAUAGUACUAACGGCACGUAAAUCGGGCAUACGAUCACGAACCAUGAUGAGGAUUCCUUAAGACUAUCGGUACAAAACUGAUAAUUUUGUGAGCGAAAUACAUGUGAUGUAUGAUGUAUGUA